GAUGAACCCCUGAAGUUUUUAUUCAUCUGGGAAAUACACUAUUUCUCCCUCAUUUGUAAAGGAUAACCUUGCUGGAUAAUUUUUAAAAAGCCAUUUUAAGUUUACACCAUGAAUAGCACAAAGGAGAAUGACAAUUACAAAGAUGACCUUCUGCUUAGGAUGGGACUUAAUGAUAAUAAAGCAGGAAUGGAAGGAUUAGAUAAAGAAAAAAUUAACAAAAUUAUAAUGGAAGCCACAAAGGGGUCCAGAUUUUAUGAAAACGAGCUCAAGAAGGAAAAGCAAGUCAAUCAACGAAUUGAAAAUAUGAUACAACAAAAAGCUCAAAUUACCAGCCAGCAGCUAAAGAAAGCACAAUUACAGGUUGACAAAUUUGCAGUGGAAUUAGAACAGAGCCGGAAUUUGAACAAUACCAUAGUGCACAUUGACAUGGAUGCUUUCUAUGCAGCUGUAGAAAUGAGGGACCAUCCAGAACUGAAAGAUAAACCCAUUGCUGUCGGAACAGUGAGUAUGUUGUCUACCUCAAAUUACCAUGCAAGGAGGUUUGGUGUUCGUGCAGCCAUGCCAGGAUUUAUUGCUAAAAGACUCUGCCAACAACUUAUUAUAGUACCCCCAAACUUUGACAAAUACCAAGCUGUGAGUAAAGAGGUUAAGGAAAUACUUGCUGAUUAUGAUCCCAAUUUUAUGGCCAUGAGUCUCGAUGAAGCCUACUUGAAUAUAACAAAGCACUUACAGGAAAGACAAAAUUGGCCUGAGGACAAAAGAAGGUAUUUCAUCAAAACGGGAAACUCUGUAGAAAAUGAUAAACCAGGAAAGGAAGUUAAUAAACUGAGUGAGAAUGAACGAUCCAUCUCUCCACUACUUUUUGAAGACAGUCCUCCUGAUUUACAGCCCCCAGGAAAUCCUUUCCAAGUGAACUUUGAAGAACAAAACAAUCUUCAAAUGCUCCAAAACUCAGUUGUUUUUGGAACAUCAGCUGAGGAAGUGGUAAAGGAAAUUCGUUUCAGAAUUGAGCAAAAAACAACACUGACAGCCAGUGCAGGCAUUGCCCCAAAUACAAUGUUAGCAAAAGUUUGCAGUGAUAAGAAUAAACCAAAUGGACAAUACCAAAUUCUCCCCAACAGACAAGCUGUGAUGGAUUUCAUUAAGGACUUACCCAUUAGAAAGGUUUCUGGAAUAGGAAAAGUUACAGAGAAAAUGUUAAGGGCCCUUGGAAUUACUACUUGUACGGAACUAUACCAACAGAGGGCAUUACUUUCUCUCCUUUUCUCUGAAACAUCUUGGCAUUAUUUCCUUCAUAUCUCACUGGGUCUGGGUUCAACACACCUGGAAAGGGAUGGAGAGAGGAAGAGUAUGAGCGUUGAGAGGACAUUCAGUGAAAUAAGUAAAGCAGAAGAGCAGUACAGCUUGUGCCAAGAACUUUGCAAUGAACUUGCUCGAGAUCUGCAAAAAGAAGGACUUAAGGGUAGAACUGUUACCAUUAAGCUGAAGAAUGUGAAUUUUGAAGUAAAAACUCGUGCAUCUACAGUUUCAUCUAUUGUUUCUACUGCCCAAGAAAUAUUUGCUAUUGCUAAGGAUUUGCUAAGAACAGAAAUUGAUGCUGAUUUUCCACAUCCCCUGAGAUUAAGACUUAUGGGUGUUCGGAUAUCUGGUUUUCCCAAUGAAGAAGAAAAGAAACAUCAGCAACAACAAAGGAGCAUUAUUGGCUUCUUACAGGCUGGAAACCAAGCUUUGCCAGCCACUACCUGUAUACUAGAGAAAACUGACAAAGAUCAGUUUGUAAAACCUCUAGAUAUGUCUCAUAAGAAGAGUUUCUUUGAUAAAAAACGAUCAGAAAGGAAAUGGAACCACCAAGACACAUUUAAAUGUGAGACUGUGGAUAAACAAAGUUUACAAACAUCACAAUCAUUCCAAGUUUUAAAGAAGAUGAAUGAGAAUUUAGAAACAUCAGAGAAUUCAGAUAACUGUCAGAUAUUUACCUGUCCUGUUUGCUUUAGGGAGCAAGGAAGCAUCAGUCUGGAAGCUUUCAAUAAACAUGUGGAUGCAUGUCUUGAUGGACCUUCAAUCAGUGAAUACUCUGAAAUGUUCUCAUGUUCACAUGCUUCCUCUACCAAAGUUAACAGGAAAGAAAAUGUGCAUCAUUCUUUUUCACUUCAUGAGAAGCAAGAUUAUGAAACCCAUCAGAGAAAUAUGGAAAUCACUUCAGAAGAUUGUGUAGAAUUGGUAGAUACUAUAGAUAAGUCAUCUAAAGCAAAAAGUAUAGAUGCUUCAAGUUAUAAGCACAGCAGGGAGGAAUGUUCUAGUCUUCCAAGCAAGUUUUUAAAUAUUGAACACUGUCAUCAGAAUUCUUCUUGUACCAUUUCAUUGGAAAAUGAAGAUGUUGGGUUGUUAAGUAGGCAAGAAUCCCUCCAGCCUUGUUUAUUUGAAGUGAAAACAGGCCAAGCUCUAGUUUGUCCUGUUUGUAACCUGGAACAAAAGACUUCAGAUCUUACCCUGUUCAAUGUGCAUGUGGAUGUUUGCUUAAAUAAAGGUGUUAUACAAGAAUUGAGAAAGGAUAAAGUUAAUCCAGUUAAUCAGCCCAAAGAAAGCUCCAGAAAUACUGGUUGCUCAAGCAGAGUACAGAAGACUGGAACAAGAACAAAAAGGCCAGGACUGAUGCCAAAGUACUCAACAUCAAAGAAAAUAAAACCAAACAACCCCAGAUACACCCUUGAUAUAUUUUUUAAAUGAACAUCUAACAGUUUACAUUAAUAUUAAUUGGAACUUGUUAUUUUAUAAUCAAUGAAUUUGUUCUUCCUCAUUUUAAGUUUACAGAUUUAUUUAGGGAAGGCAUGUAUAAUAAUCUCUCCCAAAAUUACAUUUCCUUUUCUUAGAAUUUGGCAUGUAUACUAAUUUACUUCUGAAUACCUUAUUUAUAACCUCUCAGAGUUUCACACAAAUCUAUUUUAGCAUAAGAAUUUUUCAGCACUUAACCACUUUGUUGGCAUUGGACUGCUACAUUUGAUCCUAGUAGCUUCGGAUACCUCAUAAGCAUUCAUAAUUAAAAUUUAUUGUAAGUUCUAUUAAGAGUAUUAGCUUAGUAGGACUAGCAUGAGUGGUUUUGUUACCGUCAGGAAAAUAAUAUCACAAUAUUAUUUGUGUCAA